CACAUUUUUCUUCUUUCAACAUAUCCAAAUGUUGAACGAAUCAAAUCAAAUAGUAAUAAUUAUUUAUAAAACCUACCUCUCAUUCAUUUUUCAUCAUACACAAAAAUGGCCAUCAUCAUGAAAACAAAUCUCUCAAUCUUCCUUCUCAUAGCCAUAACAUCCAUAGCUGCAGCACAAGCAGGAAGAUUCAAUAUCACAAACAAAUGCAACUACACCGUAUGGGCUGCAGCCUUCCCCGGUGGCGGCAUGAAACUCAACACCGGUGAAUCAUGGAACAUGAACAUAACCAACGGUACAAGUAACGCAAGAAUCUGGGGUCGAACCAAUUGCACUUUCGACAAUUCAGGUCUCGGAAAGUGUCAAACCGGUGAUUGCAAUGGGACACUAGAGUGUAAAACAAUUGGUACGCCACCAAACACAAUCAUGGAAUUUGCUUUGAACAUGUAUAACGACCUUGAUUUUUACGAUGUUUCGCUUGUACAAGGUUUCAAUAUUCCAAUUCAGUUAAAACCGUCUUUAAAUUCUUGUGGUACCGUUAAUUGUACCGCCGAUAUUAACGGAGAGUGUCCUACUCCACUUAAGGUACCAGGUGGAUGUAACAAUCCUUGUACUACGUUUGAUACAACUGAAUAUUGUUGCAACUCUGAUUCUGCUAGAUCUGCAGCUACCAAUGCCUCUGCCACAUGUGGUCCAACAACUUAUUCUAAGUUCUUUAAGGAUAGGUGCCCUUAUGCUUAUAGUUACCCUAAAGAUGAUGCAACCAGCACAUUCUCUUGUAUGGGAGGAACAACUUAUGAUGUUGUCUUUUGUCCUUAAAUUACUUGUUUUUAUUAACUUCUCUUUUUAUUGAUUUUUAUUUGUCUUGUUUACAAUUUGUGAUUCUUAUUGUAAAAUUUGAUAUAUGUAUCUGUAACCAAAUAAAUGGGUAAUCUUUAGGGGAUUCCUUUGUACAUCUAUGGAAUAUUGAUGUGCUCUAGAGCCUUGUCAUAGAAUAAAGUAAGAUUUAUGUAAAAGUAAAUUCUGAUCCUGAGAACAAAUUAAUUGAUAUUUAUUAAUAAGAGACUUUGAUUCAUAUGGUA